AUGUCUUCGUUUUGGACAACACACAAUAACGCAAAUGUCGACAAAAUACAGAAAUGGGCAGAUAUAAUUCUAUUAUUUAUAAAGAAACCAUAUGAUACAAAAGAAGCUUUUAUUAAAGAAAUGAUUUUCUUUGCUCUUUGCAUGAUUUCAAUUUCAUUGAUUGUCCUUCAAUUGUUAUAUUACAAACUUCAUCGUAGAUUUAUACGAUUUUUAUUAAGUCCGAUACAAGGAUAUGAUUUACUUGGCUCCUUGGGAAUUUUAUCUUCUUCGAUGACAAUUGGGGAAAAUUUUAACAAAAUAACACUUCACGAAACAGAUGUUUAUCUCGUAAUAUCUACCAUUGUUGCUGUUUUCAACAUAAUUUAUGAAAUUUCAUAUCAUACACUCUCUAUGAAAUUAUAUUCGAAAAAUGUUGCCUUAACGAAUGUUCCAUUUCUGAAUUUCGAUCCAUCAAUCAAUUGGGAAGUCAUUGUAGUUAAUUCCAUAUGCAUAAUCCUCACGUAUAUUUUCCAAUAUUUCGCAGACUGGGCAUAUCUGCUUGUUAUAUGGCCACACUUCGGAUUUUUCCUCUAUUUUGUAUCGCUAACAUUCAAAAUCGGGUUUAUUGUUGAUAUUUCCAAUGCUUUGAUGUUUUCAAUAACAUUAACUGCUGUUUUAUUGGAUAUUGUCACGUUUAUAGUACAUUUUGCUAAUAACAUCAAUCAUAACGUUCCAUUCAUCAUUGCAGUAGUCUUUUUCUUGAUAAAUCCGAUAAUCGGAAUAAUUUUCUUUUCAAUUCGCGAGAAAAAGAUAAUUAAAGAGCUUAGUGAUGAAACCGACAGCGUAAGAGAAAACAGAAAAGAUUAUUAUGACUCUUUGAAAAUUGCAAAAUCUGUUGGCCAUGCGACAAUGUACUUAACUGUUGGCAUUACUCAUGCUUGUCCGAUGCUAUAUGACUUUUCAUUGAUAGAAUAUCUGUUUUCUUCGAAGAUUUCCGAUGAAUUUCUUCCUUUUUUGAUACAAAUCGUAAACUUUUUCCCAGAAGAGACAAGGCUUUUGAACAGAUUGACUAUGGCAUUGACGUCAAAGAAGGGUUUACCUUAUGAUCAGAGAUUUUUGAUUUUUGAAAUUUAUAAAGUCAAAACUUUGAGGCAAUUUUCUGCUUCUGCUGAUUCAAACUUCAAGUUGGCAGAGAUGAAAUCACUUUCCAGACAGUUGGAAGCUGAAAUUAAGGAAGUUUUGGACUCAAAUAGAAAAAUUAAAUUUUCCUACUUUGAAUAUCUGUCGAUUAAGACCAAAAGAACUGAUGCCAUCUGGAAAGAAGCACUAACGACAUAUCCGAACAGUUCAAAAUUCUGUGAAGAGUAUUGCAGAUUUUUAAUUGAGUGUAAAACGGAUUAUAUCGAAGGAAUUAAGAUCAAAUACAGAGAGAAUAUGAUUGAAAUGGGUAGAAGUUACUCUGUUGACUUUUCUUUCCGCUCAUUAGUAAAAUUAUUUCCGAAAUACCUCACAAACGACAUUCUUGAUCUCAAAGGACGUGUCAUUCGGAAAAGGAUGAAUCUCAGUCGCAGCAGGAAUUCUUCUAGUGCUAACUUUGGCUCUUCUUCCAGUUCGAACAUUGCACACAGCCAAAAUUCAUCCGAAAUCGAUGAUUCAUUACAAGAAUCAAUCGGAAAGAAAUCUUUCCAUUUAGCAAAACAAAGAAUAGCUCUUCAUCGUGCUCUUGUUAACAAGUAUCCUAAGUCUUUAAAGUGUAUAAUUCCUCUUGCAAUUGUUAUUCUUAUUAUUGUUUCUAUUCUUGUUUUGUUUAUUUUCUUUUACGCGAGAUCUCAAAUGAUUGCAGCCACAGAAUCAAUGAAUUUAUUGGAUGCGAUGUCUAAAACAAGGUUUUACAUCGCUAUCAAUGAUAUGCAGAUCAUUUUGAGGAUGUGCAAUGAUAGAAAUAAUUUCGGAAGAUACAGUUCAAUUAUAAAAGCAUUAGAUCGUGAAUGUGAAUCAGAAGAUGUUAUAUUUGAAUCAGAAAAAGAUUAUUUAGUUCAAAGUUUUCCAAAUUUACAUAACGCGAUGAAUGAAUUCACCAAUUUAAUUAAUGACAUUGCAUCAAUGGCUAAUCAAGGAAUGAAUGUUUUCAACAUCGCAUCUCAUUUGUUAACAAACAAGUUUAUGUUGUAUACUUGUUAUGGUGGAUAUCCUGUUUAUUAUGUCAAUGAAACAAUCACUACAAUGGUUACUGUAUUUUUCGCACAUCAAUCAUUUAUCAUCACAAAAAUUAAUUCAAAUAUUUCUGACAUGUAUUCUUAUCAUCAAUUUUGUGAAUUGUUAUCUAACUUGAAGAUGUUUUACACAUACAUUCCUGAGGUAUUCACUGACUUCUGCAAUUUCCAAAUUGAUCAAGGAAGUGCAGUAAAAGAUAAGUUUUCAACAAUAGGAAUAGUUAUUCCAAUAAUCAUUGCAUUGAUUUUUUUCCUUCCUAUUUUAACUCUUCAUUUAUUGAUCAAGAAAUCAGUAAAUGAAAUAACAGAAAUCUUGUUUUCAUUGGAUACAAAAACAAGACAAGAUGCAAAAGAAAUGAUUUAUUAUUCAGAUGAUAAUGAAAAUUUGAAACAAACAGAAAAUCAUCAUCAAAGUUUUAUAAGUGUUUGUUAUAUUUUUGUUAUAUUAUUUAUUUCUUUGAUUAUUGUUGUUUUAGCUGUUUUAAUGUGUAUGAUUAUUAUUAAUUCUAUUAAUCACGUAAUUGAUCUAAAUAGAUGGGAUCAAUUAGCAACAUUAAGAUUGUCUUUAACUGCUGAAGUUAUGAAUACUUUGACAUUCGGAUUAACUUUACAUGAUAAUCCAGGAUUAACUCGUAUUUCAACAAAAGAACAAGCCGCAGAAAUGAUCUAUGUAUUGGCAAUGAACUUAAAGUCAUCUAAUGAGAAGUUAUUAUUAGGAACUGAUGAUGUUUCUCCUUGUUCAGGUUUCGAUGAAAUUUUAGAUAAAGAGAAUUUUCAAGAUGAAUCGAUUAACUCAGAUAAUUUAGAACUGCAUGAGAUAUACAUGCAUGGAUCGAUUAAUUCACAACUGAAAAUAUUACUUGAUAACAUUAAAACAAUUGUUGAAGAAUUAUACAUUUCUCCAACUUUGUCAAAUGAUGCUUAUUCAACAAAUGUUCAUUUAUUGAGUCAUCAUUUAUCAAAGAAAUUAAUGAAAGUCACUGAUAGACUCAAAGAAUUAUCUCAUAUAGAAUAUAAUGAUAUGUCUGCAGAUUUGGCUUAUUUGUUGAUUCCUUGUUUCAUUUUAGUUAUUUUAUAUGCAAUUGUUAUUGUUGUUUAUUACAAUAUAAUGAAAUUGACAUAUGAAGGCGCAAUUUCUAUUUUGAAGAGAAUUAAUCCUCUCCAUUUGAUCAACAACAAAUUAUUCAUUCAGAAGUUUAUGAUGAAACAAACAACAAAUACAAAUGAGAUCCAGAAAACUGUUUCCGGUUCAAUUAUCCAUAAUUUUGAUGAUGUUGUUUUGUGUACAAAUGUUUAUGGUGUUAUUGAUAUUGUUAAUACAUCAGCAACAUCUAUUCUUGGCUAUUCAUUGGACCAAUUAUUAGGACAGAAUGCAACUUCAUUUUUAGUCCAAGCUGAUGAAGAAAAAAUUGUUACACAAGUAGAUAACAUGAGAAACAACAGGAGUUCAUCAAAUGUUUUUGUUGAAGAUGUAGCAGUGUUGACAGACACGAAUCAAUUAGUUCCAUGCAAAUUAACAUUGUUAGGAAUUAAAAACAAUAAUGAUGAAUUGAAAUCAUUUGUUUUUAUUUUGCAUGAUCAAUCACAACUUGCAAAACAACAAGAAGAAGCAGAAAAAGCUAAAGCAACUUCAGAGAAAUUGCUUUACCAGAUAUUACCAAGAGAUAUUGUUAUCAGACUCAACAGAGAUGAAACAGAUAUCACAUUCACUGUUAAUUCGUCAACAAUUUGUUUCAUUGACAUUGUUAAAUUCAGUGAAUAUUCAUCACAUUUGAGUCCACAAGAGAUUAUGUAUAACUUAAGUUAUUUCUUUGGAACUAUUGAUACUAUUUCAUCUAAAUUCAAUUUGCUGACGAAGAUCAAAGUUAUUGGUGAUAUCUAUAUGUGCGCAUCUGGUUUGUUUGAUGACAGCAACGAACACGCCGAACAAAUGAUUUUGUUUGCAAACGAAUUCGUCAGAGAGUUGGAUGAAAUAAAUAUCAAACUUGAUUGCAAUUUGAGUGUAAGAAUUGGUGUAAAUAGUGGCGGACCAAUUCUUGGAUGUGUUUUAGGAAAAGAGAAACCAGUUUUCGAUAUCAUUGGAGAUCCCAUUAACGUUGCUUCCCGUCUUCAAAGUACUUCGCCUCCAAAUUGCAUACAUAUGUCACAAGGUACUUAUGACAUGGUUUCUAAUUUGAAUUUUGAUAUUAAACCAAGAGGAGAAGUUUAUUUGAAAGGAAAAGGAAAAACUAACACAUAUUUGAUGAAUCCUCUUCAAACACUAAUGGCACAGAACUCUCAACUUGAUGGAAAUCCAUUGUCAAUUGCAGGAUCUCAAAUUCGAUUGGUUUCUCAAUUAUCUCCAAUACAAUCCGAACUUAUGUUCCAGAAACAGGUAUAA